CAUAAUUAGCUUCCACAUUUUUCCCUUUUCCUUUUGUGGAAGCUUGGUAUAAUUUAAGCAAAUGUUUUGCCGUUCGACAUUCAUUCGCCCAGUGUCCUUUUAUGCCACAUUUGUAGCAUUCACCACUUGGUUUUGGCUUUUCAUAAGUUUUAGCCUGUGGUGGUUUGAAUUUUCCUUUUCCUUUGGAGGAUGAUCCAUUUGGAUUUUUAUAGCCCCUGUUUGGCCCUUUGUUGCGGGGAGGUGCUUCGGAUACUUUCUGAGUAUGAACGUCUCUCUGGCCAGGUUGUUAAUUUUCAUAAAUCCAGUAUUUGUUUCAGCAAGAAUACUCAUUUUCAAGCCCGCAACUGGCUCACAAGUUUUUUUGGGGUGGUUGAAGCGGAGGACUUUGGGAAGUAUCUUGGGUUGCCUUCUUUCAUUGGGCGCAAUAAAACAGCUGUUUUUUAAUAUAUUUUGGAGAAGAUCCGUCAAAGACUUUCACUAUGGAAGAGGAAGACGCUUUCUAAGGCAGGUAAGGAGGUUUUACUCAAGACGAUUGCACAGUCGAUGCCCCAAAUUGCCAUGAGUGUUUUCCUUCUCCCCUAAUCUACUUGCAUUGAUAUUGAGAGGUUAAUGAAUGGCUUUUGGUGGGACGGUAAGGGAACUAACAAUCGUGGCAUUCGUUGGAUGUCGUGGGAACGAAUGACUAUCCCAACGAAGUUUGGGGGAUUGGGCUUUCGGAGUAUUCGGAUGUUCAAUGGUUCUAUGUUGGGUAAACAAGGCUGGCGCUUUCUGACCAAACCCAGCUCGCUAGUGGCAAGAGUUUUCAAGGCCCGAUACUUUCCUAACAACUCGUUUUUGGAGGCCGAAUUGGGGAGACAGCCCAGCUACUGUUGGAAAAGUAUUCUUUCAGCCCAAGAAAUUCUUCGAAGCGGUAUUCGACGUCGUAUUGGCGAUGGACGAGAGACACAUCUUUGGGGUACUCCCUGGCUCAUUGAAGAAGUUAAUCCUUAUCCAAGCAUGGCCAGACGCGUGGAGAAUGAAGACCCCUUAGUGGCUGAUUUUAUUGACUCUGAUUUAAAUUCUUGGAAUGUAGCAAAGCUGGAAUAAUACUUUGACGCUGGACGAAAAAGAUUCUUUAUUAAACAUGGAGUUGCUGGGUAGUCCUAUUAUAUGUACUUGAUAUUAUCCUUAUAUUAUUUGCCUUUAUUUUUUUUCACCAUCCGAUUUAUAUACUCUCUCCUCUUACAUACAUUGAAUACUAUUCAUUAGGAUUUAUCCUAGCUAUAUCAUCUUUAGUUUCCAAACCAGAAAAAUAAGAUAGCUUACAGAGCAAAGGCUGAAAGAAAAAUUAUAAAAGUGAGAUUAUAUAUUUCUAUCAAAAAUUCAAGAGUAGCAGGAAGGAUCCCUAAUUUGGAGGCAACAGGCGAAGCAACACUGGCUACGUACGGCGGACGCUAAUACACGUUUUUUCACCGAUAUGCUUCACACCGAAAGAAGAAAAACAGGAUUAUGAGGCUUAAGGAUGAGCAUGGACAGUGGAAAGAAGGUGAUCAGCUUCUGCAAGUGGUCUCUCACUAUUUUAAAAACAUUUUCCAAACUGCAGGUAUUGGUCCCUCUACUGCUUUUGAUGGUUUUC